GAGUGCAUAAAAUAGACUUGAAAAUACAGUGAAAAAUGUGAAAAAAGGAGUUUGCCUCUUGUGUGUGUCCAAUUCUCCAAAAAAUUAGUUCUUCCAUUAAUUCUUCGAUCCCAAAGAUUUUUUUUCCAACAAUCUCAUUCAAGUUUGUCGCCGCUACGCCACAGUGUAGCUUAUAAUUAAAUAUAUUAAAAUGCAAUUAAUAUUACAUAUACCUCAACUAAAAUGUGAAGUGACGAAUUAAAAUAUAAUUUUAAUCCAAAAACAAAAAAAAAAUAAAAAAGUUGUGUGUUGCAUUGCAGUAAAGAGCAGCACAAGACGACGAAGAAAAAAAAAAUGUCUUCGCAUUAAGUGUGUUGGAAAAAGGGAAAUGGUUUUAUGUCGUCCGUCGGUUGGAGAAGGAAAGACAUCACAGCACCAGUAGUAGCAGACUCAUAGCAAAAAAAAAAAAUAAAAAAAAAAAUCCUAAAAACCCUUCGAAAAAAAACUGAACACGAAGAUUUACGUUCUGAAGUAAAUCCAACGAACUCAAAAAAUUAAUCUGUCUAAUUAAUUUCUCUAUCCCAUAAAGUAGAAAUAUUUAGAGCACGAUAAUAGUAAAAUAAAAAAUAGACAAAAUUUUCGUUGCAAUUGCAUUGUGUUCUUGGUCCGUUUUUAAGGAAUGUGAACAAAAUACAGAAAUCCUUACAUAAAUAAUGAGCAAUGCCUUCUGCACGACCUGGUAGCCUUAAAGAUCCAGAAAUUGCUGAUCUCUUCUAUAAACAUGAUCCCGAAAAGAUAUUCGAAGACCUCCGUGAAAUCGGUCAUGGAUCGUUUGGUGCAGUUUACUAUGCCCGAUGUAAUCUUACCAAAGAAAUUGUGGCCAUUAAAAAGAUGUCAUAUACCGGAAAACAAAGUCUUGAAAAAUGGCAAGAUAUUUUAAAAGAAAUACGAUUCCUCGGGCAACUAAGCCACCCAAAUACAAUUGAAUACAAGGGUUGCUAUCUUCGCGAAUCCACAGCAUGGCUUGUAAUGGAAUAUUGUGUCGGGUCGGCUUCAGACAUUAUAGAAGUCCACAAAAAGCCAUUACAUGAGGAAGAAAUAUCGGCAAUUUGCUGUGGUGUUCUGAGUGGUCUGAGCUAUUUGCAUAGUUUGGGACGUAUCCAUCGUGACAUAAAAGCGGGAAACAUUUUGCUCACGGAUAAUGGUGUUGUUAAACUUGCUGAUUUUGGAAGUGCUGCCAUUAAGUGUCCUGCAAAUAGUUUUGUUGGUACACCGUAUUGGAUGGCGCCUGAGGUUAUACUUGCUAUGGACGAAGGGCAAUAUGAUGGAAAAGUUGACGUUUGGUCUCUCGGUAUAACUUGCAUUGAAUUGGCCGAAAGAAAACCGCCAUAUUUUAAUAUGAACGCAAUGUCUGCUCUGUAUCAUAUUGCACAGAAUGAAUCACCAACGCUUUCGACACCAAGCUGGUCGGAUACAUUUUGUAACUUUGUUGAAUUGUGUCUGAAAAAAUUACCAACGGAUCGACCAUCCUCAACAAAACUACUGACACAUUCAUUUGUAACGAGACAACGUUCCGAGACGGCACUUCUCGAAUUAAUCGCACGGACAAAAGCCGCAGUACGAGAACUAGACAACUUAAACUAUCGUAAAAUGAAAAAAAUCCUUAUGGUGGAUGUAGAGACUGAAAGUGCAAUCGGUGAUACAGAUGAUCAACAGGACGAGCAUGCCGGAGGCGAUAGCAGCAAAAGUAAUAGUAUUACAUCGGAACAUUCUAUACAUUCGGUUGGUGUGUCAGCGGCCAGUAGUCAAGUAAGCUCUUCAUCAAAUUCAAUACCAGCAGCAAACCAUGGUGCACCUCCUCCACCCAAUUAUCACAAUAUCCCGGCAGCUGGAGCCGUCUCAAGGAAUUCAUCGAGACAUCGUAAUCUUCCACCAUUGCCAAAUAUGAUGCAUAUGAAUAACAAUGUUACACCAACUAACUCGACUUCGGUUGUGCCCGCACCUGUGAUGCAAAAUAAUGCUGGCGGUGGUGGAAGUGGCUCACCAGCUUCCUGUGGAAUGAUGAGUGGCGGACAGGGCGAUCGUAUGAUGAUGCAAGCACCUCGGUAUCUGCCUUCACCAGCAGCAGCUGCAGCUGUUUACGCUGCCUCAUCACAACAAGCAAUAUCCAAUGCAGUGAACGAUCAUGGGCCAAACAAUUUCGCAACAAUUCGAACAACAAGCAUUGUUACAAAGCAACAGAAGGAACAUAUGCAGGAGGAGAUGCAUGAACAAAUGUCUGGUUAUAAACGAAUGCGUCGCGAACAUCAAGCUGCCCUUUUAAAGCUGGAAGAAAAAUGUAAAGUAGAAAUGGAAGCACACAAAGCGGCAUUAGAUAAAGAAUAUGACAUGCUAUUGCAUAAUUUUACCAGAGAACUAGAGAGAUUGGAGGCGAAACACCAGCAGGAAUUGGAGCGACGUAUUAAACAAAAUGCUGCCGCUGAGAAAAAACUUCACAAAGAUAUUUCCUCGAAACAGGAGGGUGAUCGCAAAGCAUUUGACUUGAAUCGAAAGAAAGAGUACAAAGCAAACAAAGAGCGAUGGAAACGGGAGCUAUCAAUGGAUGAGUCGACACCAAAACGCCAACGUGAUUUGACUCUACAAUCGCAAAAGGAUAAUUUGAAACAAGCUGAGGCCCAAGAGGAACAGCGGCUUUUGCGGGUACAGAAGCAAUAUAUAGACAUAGAGAUGAGGAAAUUUAAACGAAGGCGCAUGAUAAUGUUGCAUGAGUUGGAGUAUCAAUUGCUCCGAGAUGAACUGAGUAAAAAGCAAUUCCAGUUAGAACAAGCUCAUUCAAUGCUGUUAAAGCAUCACGAGAAAACUCAAGAACUAGAAUAUAGGCAACAAAAAAGUGUACAUAAUUUAAGAGAAGAUCAAAUUAACAAACAACAUGAUACAGAACUACAAAAUCAAAAGGACUACAUGGAAAGAGUUCGUAAGGAAUUGGUGAGGAAGCAUGCCCUCGAAAUAAGACAACAUCCAAAGAGUUUAAAGCAAAAAGAACUUCAAAUACGCAAACAGUUCCGUGAGACAUGUAAAACUCAAACAAAACAAUAUAAAAGGUAUAAGGCUCAAAUACUCCAAACGACGGCAAAAGAGCAUCAAAAAGAAGUGAUAAAACAAUUGAAAGAAGAGAAACACCGAAAAUUAACAUUGUUAGGUGAUCAAUAUGAACAAAGCAUUGCUGAUAUGUUCCAAAGUCAGAGCUAUAAACUUGACGAAAGCCAAGUAAUUGAAUGCCAACGAACAAAGGAAUUGUUGGAAUAUGAACUUGAAGUUCUGACCGCUUAUCAAAUUAAGAAUAAGAAACAAGCCCAGGAGCAACGUGAUAGAGAGCGCAAAGAACUAGAAAAUCGCGUUAGUGUUCGUCGAGGUCUGCUUGAGAGCAAGAUGGAAGCUGAACUUCAGCAGUUUAAUCAAGAAAGAGCAGAAAGGCUUAGAAUGAAGCAUGAGAAGCAAGCUAAGGAGCUGGAAUCGUUUGAUGAAGAGUCGGCUGCAUUAGGCUUCAGUGCAUUAUCCAUAAACGAAGUAUCAAGGGAGACUUACCCAGACGAAGAGGGUAGUUUAUCAGGAUCAAUGAUUAGUUUAGCACAUAGUAAUAGCUCUACAAGUUUUCCGGCUGGCUCCCUAUAGCAUAUUAACGUAAAUAAUUGUAAUGCAAAUUAUAACACUAAUAAUUACCGCAUUUCUAGUGAUGGUAAAAACCAAUUAAAAGACGACGUUGAAGCAAAUCGAAUACAAACAUCGCUUUCUUCAAUGUUAAAAUAAUAAAAAUAAAUAUAUUUAAUUAAAUUAAGUAAAUUAAUUAAUUAAUAAAAAAAAUUAACAUAAACUCAAAGGUUAAAAUUCAAUUAAGCAAAAUAAACAUUCAACACCACAACAACCCGUAUAUAACACAUGCAAUGCAUACAUAAUAAUUAAAUAAAAGAUAUAUACAAGAAGGAAAAACUAAGAACAUAAAUCACACCCCAUAUUGCAUCCACAUUUCAAGGUAUUUACUAAAAUAAAAUCAAAAAUAUUGAAAUUCCAAAUUUUAAUUAAAUCAAUUACGCGCAUUAAAUAGUUUAAAAAAUUACAAAACCUAAAGAUACAUACACCAAUCAUUUAUAGAGUAACCUAUAUAAAUUUGUAGAAUUUAUAAAAUAAAACAAAAAGAAAACAAAA